AUGGAAUUCUUGGGGCUAUGGUAUCAGACAAAGAAUACGGUCCACGCAGCUAAGAUACGGAUGGCACGUAAGUGCACUACCAAAAUCAAAGUAGCCUCCAUUGUCGCGGCUCGCUACUCAUACCCUACGGAAACAUGGCUAGUCGCCGAGCCCUCGAAGAAUACCAAGCGUCGGUACCGACGUGAAUUGUUUUUGCCAGGUUCCAGCCACAAAGACGACGAUGUUUGGGUAGGCCCUGACUUGGCUACCCGAAAUCUCGGCUCCACCUCUGUGGCAGCCUCGUUUGAACCACAACCUCCACACGAACAAUUCAGGAUUAGCGAGGUGGAGUUAUCGCUGGCUCGUACCAGCACGGCUGCACACCACUGCUUCGAACACCAUCCAGGCCCUUGCUCAGCUCUCCACCAACACGCCGGGCAGUAUUCACGCUCGUACACACGGCGCGCCCGAGAGUCAAGCCACCGCAGGACGUUUGUGGCUUACCUUCAAACCGGGGAUGUUUGGAACACAUCACUCGCCGACCACAUGGACGACUCAGCUGUGACUGUAGACGAGGACAUCUGGUUGACUUUGCUCAAUGAGGAUGAAUAUGCGAGCUUGCCGUACCUACGUGAGACGCCACUAUACGAAUUGUACCAACAAGACGAGCUUCUAGACUCUGCAUUCGAGGAGUUAGUUAUUGAUCACGCGCAGUGGAUGAAAGAGGUGGAAGAGGAAGCAGAAAUCCUUGCUCUUGAUCGAUUGGCUACCUCGUAUGAUAUCUGCGUCCGCGAAGCGACGCUACUCCAAGAUGCCGUGCUGCUAGCUCUCCUAGCCAAAGCCGGUGUCGUCUUCCUACUCGCCUUGCCACCUCCCCGGACCCCGCUUUCCGCACUGAAGACGCCUGACUCGCUAGAAUGA